AUGGCGACUUCAAGUCUCAACCCAGCAUUUGCCUACACGGUAGUGUACGUAAAGGACGUAGCCAAAUCCAUAGAUUUCUAUGCAAAAGCAUUUGGUUAUCAUGUUCGCCGCUUAGAUAAUUCUCACAGAUGGGGAGAGCUGGACAGUGGGCCGACCACCAUAGCUUUCACUCCGAUCCACCAACGUGAGACAGAUCAACGAAGUGGUGCAGUGCAGACUUCACAAACCGUCAGCGAGCGGCCUCCUCUUGAGGUUUGCUUUAACUAUGCAGAUGUAGAUGCUGCAUACAAGAGGGCGGUGGAGAACGGCGCGGUGGCCGUGAGCCAGCCGGAGGACGAGGAAUGGGGACAGAGAGUUGGAUAUGUGCGUGAUAUCGACGGAAUUGUGGUGAGGAUGGGAAGCUAUGUCGCGAAGCCGGUAAAGGAAGACUGAUUUUGUGUGAGCAUGUUUACUAGUGGAUGUGAAUUUUAGUGUGUCAAAG